UGAAGGCACAUUCUUUCCUCUACAUCCAGCUAGCUAAUUGGCCUUAGUGCUUUCUUGUGCCGCAGCUAUGGCUACUUCUGUCAUGCAGAGCUCUUCUUCAACCUAUGGUGGUGGCUUUGGGGGUGGUGGAAGCAGCAGCUCUCGCCUUUCCUCAGUCCGAACAGGGGGAACUUUCCGAGCUCCAAGCAUCCAUGGAGGAUCUGGUGGCAGAGGUGUUUCCAUCUCUUCAGCUAGGUAUGUCUCCUCUGUAGGAGGUGGAUAUGGUGGUGGCUUGUGUUCUGGUUUAGGCGGUGGUUAUGGAGGAGGCUACGGUGGCUUUGGUGGAGGAGUUGGCUUUGGUGGAGGAGCUGGCUUUGGCGGAGGAGCUGGCUUUGGUGGAGGGGCCUGCUUUGGUGGAGGUUUUGACAUUGGUGGUGGCUUUGGUGGUGGUGAUGGCCUCCUCUCUGGAAAUGAAAAGAUCACCAUGCAGAAUCUGAAUGACCGUCUGGCUUCGUACCUGGACAAGGUACGAGCACUGGAAGAGGCAAAUUCAGAUUUAGAAGUUAAAAUCCGAGACUGGUAUCAGAAGCAAGCUCCCACCAGCCCAGCCCGGGACUACAGCAACUUCUACAAGAUAAUUGAAGAUCUCCGAGACAAGAUCCAUGCUGCGACUGUUGACAAUUCCAGAGUCAUUCUGGAAAUCGACAAUGCCAGGCUGGCUGCAGAUGACUUCAGACUGAAAUAUGAGAAUGAGUUGUUCCUGCGCCAAAGCGUAGAGUCUGACAUCAAUGGCCUGCGUAGAGUCCUGGAUGAGCUGACCCUGGCCAGAGCUGACCUGGAGCUGCAGAUUGAGAACUUGAAGGAGGAGCUGGCUUAUCUGAAGAAGAACCAUGAGGAGGAAAUGAAAGAAUAUUCUAAUCAGCUCAGUGGAACGGUCACUGUGGAAAUGGAUGCUGCUCCUGGCAUCGACCUGACCAGGAUUCUCUCCGAGAUGAGGGAGCAGUAUGAAGCUCUGGCUGAGAAGAACCGUAAGGAUGCCGAGGCCUGGUUCUUCACCCAGACUGACGAGCUGAAUCGUGAAGUAGCCACCCACACACAACAGAUACAGACUGGCAAAUCCGAGAUCACAGAACUGAGACGCACAGUCCAAGGGCUGGAGAUUGAGCUCCAGUCGCAGCUCAGCAUGAAAGCUGGACUGGAAGCCAACCUGCGAGACACAGAAGCACGGUACUGUGCCCAGCUGGCACAGAUUCAGGUCCUCAUCACCAGCGUGGAGGAGCAACUGAGUGAACUCCGAUGCGACAUGGAACGUCAGAAUCAAGAGUACAGGAUGCUUAUGGAUAUCAAAAGUCGCCUGGAGCAGGAAAUCGCCACAUACCGCCAGUUGCUGGAGGGCCAGGACAUGCAGUUGUCGGGAGUGAUUCCGAAGGAUGCAACUCUGAUCAGAGAAAGAAAUCGCAUAGGCCUGGAAGACGACGGAAAAUCUGCUCGUGAAAGGAGAUUCUAACAAAGAAAUACCAGAUCCCCUCCUGCAUAUGGCACCAUAUGGAAACAGUGCAGCCAACACUGACUAACGCUGAGAGAAAUAUCCUACACUUCUGUCAAAUAUGCAACAGCUCGAUGUCUUUCCUCAAAUCUACUCUCCCCUGCACAUGAGCAUUUGGCUGCGUGGGUGAGAGAGGACCAGCUUAGUUUCUGUCAGUAGCUGUAGAGUUCCCUUACAAAAGAAUCUGCAUAAUAAAGUUUCUGUCCUGCUUGUGCAAAUACA